AAGUGCGUGCAUGGAAUCGUAGCUCAACACGGGCUGAUCUGAUUAAGGGAGCCUAGGAAGGAAUAAAUAUUCGCCAGCCUCCUAGCUGCUCGUUUAUAACCAAUCAAUUGCUGAAAGGCGAGGGUGACAGCAGCCUGGGCACAAGGGGUGCGGGUCCUCAAUCUGUGCAUACUCGGGGAUAGACAUAUGCGCGUGUGCAUGCACGCACCAGAGGGGCUGCCGCUCUUAUUGUCUGCUUCCCUCUGCAGAGAACAAGGGCAGCGGCGAGGGGCCUGCACCCUGGGCUAGCGUUGCGGCCCCAAGCAGGUCACGGGAGGCAAUUUCGCGGGUGGGGGAGGGCGGGGGAGACCUUGAUUUCCACCAAUCCCGGGGCGCGUGUCUGCGGAGUCCAGGGCGCAGCGGAAGGCUGCGGUGCACCGCUGAAUGAACUGAUGAGAGAGAGUUCUAGGAUUGCCUGUGAGGGGCGCGGAGCGAGGGUCCUGGCGGGCGCGGCUGAGGCGCCGGGGGUGGGCUAGCGGUCCCGGGCCACCGUGGAAAUUUCCAAGGACUUGGUGUGGCGCGGAGAGCGCAUCUGGGGGGUGCCGGGCACCGCGGCGGCGCAGGAGGCGGGGAAAGGGCGGUGCAGGGCGCAGGAGCAUCUCUUUCUGGAAGGGACACAACCCGUCAGACGUCCAGGAGCCAGCCGCGCCUCUUCCAGGACCCCAGCCGAGGGCGACCGUGAUGCUGCAGUAAGGGCGGGAGCAACCGGCCCCACUGCUCUCAGACCCCUUCAGCGCCCACUGUCUGCAGGGAAAGAGACCAAGGCUCGUGAUUUGCCCGGAGGCCACUUCCUCUAGCAAGACAUCCCAGUAAAAGUUGCAUUGGCGAAGAUCCUUGUAGCUGACCUCUGGAGCCGUGGCGUGGGGGUUCCCCAGCCGUGCGUGUGCGAGCUGGAAAGCCAAAGGUGUGUGUGCAUGGGGGGCCAGCCACUGGGGCAUUCUCCGCUGCCACUUUGCCCGGCGUUGUGCUGAGGCUGCCACCACUGACCCUGGGACACCGAGGCUGCGAUGAGCCCCUGCGGGCGGGCCCUACAUACAUCCAGAGGGGCCAUGGCCAUGCUGGGGCGGAAAUUCCCGCGUACCCGGCUACCCGUGGGAGCCAGUGCCCUCUGUGUGGUGGUCCUCUGUUGGCUCUAUGUCUUCCCUGUCUACCGGCUGCCCAACGAGAAGGAGAUCGUGCAAGGAGUGCUGGCGCAGCGCACAGCUUGGAGGAGGAACCAGACGUCAGCCAGGCUCUUCAGGAAACAAAUGGAAGACUGCUGCAACCCUGCCUAUCUCUUUGCAAUGACGAAGGUGAACUCCCCCAUGGGGAAGAGCCUGUGGUAUGACGGGGAGUUUCUAUACUCGCUCACCAUCGACAACUCCACGUACUCCCUCUUCCCCCAGGCAACCCCCUUCCAGCUGCCAUUGAAGAAAUGUGCGGUGGUGGGAAACGGUGGGAUUCUGAAGAUGAGUGGCUGUGGCCGUCAAAUAGAUGAAGCAAAUUUUGUCAUGCGGUGUAACCUUCCUCCCUUGUCAAGUGAGUACACCAGAGAUGUGGGUUCCAAGACUCAGUUGGUGACAGCUAACCCCAGCAUAAUUCGCCAGAGAUUUGAAAACCUGCUGUGGUCCAGAAAGAAGUUUGUGGACAACAUGAAGAUCUAUAACCACAGUUACAUAUACAUGCCUGCCUUUUCUAUGAAGACGGGAACAGAGCCGUCUCUCCGUGUGUACUACACCCUGAAAGAUGCUGGAGCCAAUCAAACAGUGCUUUUUGCUAACCCCAACUUUCUUCGGAACAUUGGAAAGUUCUGGAAGGGUAGGGGGAUCCAUGCCAAGCGCCUGUCUACAGGACUCUUUUUGGUGAGCGCAGCCUUGGGCCUUUGUGAGGAGGUGUCCAUCUACGGCUUCUGGCCCUUCUCCGUGAACAUGCAAGGGGAACCUAUCAGCCACCAUUACUAUGACAACGUCUUGCCCUUCUCAGGCUUCCAUGCCAUGCCCGAGGAGUUUCUUCAACUCUGGUAUCUUCAUAAAAUGGGCGCACUGAGGAUGCAGCUGGACCCAUGUGAGGAGCCGUCGCCGCCACAGCCCACUUCCUAGGGACUGCAGAAGAAGAAAGGACUGGAUGGGGGUAUUUUUUUGCUAGAUUUUUUUUAUGUGACUUUCAAAAGGAGCUGCCAAAGUGUGUCAUGGAUUGGCGUGAUAGGAAACGAACAAAAACCCGAGCAAAACUGCUUUUGAUGUUGGCUUGGGGACCAAUAAGAAAUCAAAUGUUCCGGGGAGUGUUUUUAUAGAGUGCUGUGGAUUUGCAAGUGGGAAGAUCCCAAGGAGGCAACGCUGGCAGAACACGUG